AUGAAGGUUUUCAGUUUUAUUUUCAGUGCUAUUGCUGUUUUCAGUGCAGUGGUUUUGGCCACAAGCGACCCAAAAGUCACCCACAAAGUUUAUUUUGAUAUCGAACACGGCGGAAAAGAUGUCGGCAGAAUUGUUAUUGGACUGUAUGGCGAAACUACGCCAAAGACCGCCGAGAAUUUCUACGAAUUAACCAUUUCUCGCGAUCCUGAAAUGGGCUACCUGGGCUCUUCCUUCCACCGUGUCAUUCCACAGUUCAUGAUUCAAGGUGGUGAUUUCACGCAAGGUACCGGAACUGGUGGCCAGUCAAUCUACGGUGCCACUUUUGAAGACGAAAACUUUGAUAUCAAGCACGACAAACCAGGCAGACUUUCAAUGGCUAACCGUGGUAAGAACACCAAUGGCUCUCAAUUUUUCAUUACUACGGUGCCAACCCCUUGGUUGGACGGCAGACACGUUGUGUUUGGAGAAGUUCUGGAAGGUAUGGAUACUGUCAAGUAUAUCGAAAGUGUUCCAACCAGUCGCGGUGACUCCCCUGUGGAGAAGGUCACCAUCGCCGCGUGUGGUGAGUUGGAAACUGUUCCAGUGCGCGACGAGUUGUAA